ACAGAUGAAAAAGAUGUCCGUCCAAAGCAAUUUAGACCAGUCCGAGAAAGAGAACAUUCAUUUGGAUUUAGAAUCAGAAGCGGUGAAUGGCUCUGCGACAGAACCACCCAGCGUUUUGCCAAAUUCUACUGCUUUCGAUGAGCACCAAGAACCUGAAAAGGCCCCAGGCGUUAAACCAACGGACACCCAGGGUGCAGCCAUCAGGAACCCUUUGGAAGCAACGGAGCAAUUUAUCCCUCCUAAUCCCACGGAAACGUCCGGUAGUCCUUUAGAAAAGAGAAUCGACUCAGAAGGGCGGUUUCCCAGCCUUCCAAGCACGCCUCCUUCAAACGAGGUGGCCAAGAAAGAGUCCACUGACUCCGGACUAGGGGCUGGGGACAGUCCCGACCCAUACGUCAUGAGCCUUCAGAACCUCUUAAAAAAAUCCAGGGAGUACAUUCAGAGAGAACAAACGCGUCGCAGCCUGCGAAGCAGUUCCAAGAGGAGCGGCAGCGGAAGCCACCCGGAUAAAGAAAACAGCACCGUGAAAACGAACGAGUUGGCGAAAGAGAGAGGGAAAUUGACAGGCAGGAACACUCCAGUUCCAACCCCGGAGAAGUCCGGCCUUCUCAAGCCCGGUGCGCCUCAACCUUCCUCAACCUCUAAAAACCAAGCCGGCGGAAUGACCUCCCCCAGUUUUUCUAAAGUCGAUAUCCCGAUGAGGUGCGGGACGCCUCCCGUGUUGGACUCGGAUUCGGAUGAAGAAUUCAAAAACCUCUCCCUUUUCGGGAAGGACAGCAUUCUCCGGAGCUUCACGGGGUCUUACUCGAAACUUCCCAGUCCGGAGUCAAGCCUGAGCCCCAGGAUGCACCGGAGACGCCCCAGGCCCUCUUCCGUAGGGCACAUCGUCAUCACCAACCCCGUCAACGCUUACGAGUUGAGUCCCAAAGCGAAGAUAAUAGCUGCGGACUCGAUUGUCUGGGAGGCCGUAGGGAGACCCGUGGCCUCCAAUCUUGUGCCAAACCUCGCCGCCGAUCUUGCCCCCGCGUGUCCCCACAAAGCUCAGGCGUUUGACAAGAGUUCUUCCGAUAUCUUCAAUGAACUCGUCGUGGGCAAACCCAACGAGGCGUGUCCGCUUCCGGCCCAUCAGCAAGAAGGUGGGAGCUUCCUGGCUCCUCCCACUGUAGAAGGAGAGUCUAUGUUAGAAAACGGAGCGGCAUCGAGCAGUUCCCUUGCAAAUCUCAGCCCCCCGGAGCUGCAGAAUGGGAGUGGUGCCUUGUUGACCCAGAACCAAGCCAAGACCGACAGCCCGCCAGACAAAGUCAAGGGCAGCGUGGUCACGGAACUCAACAAAUCCUACGAUGUCCAGCACCCGUCGCCCUUGCUGAUGAUGCAUAUAAUGCAGAGCAAGCCGCCUUUGGAUACCCCGGAAGUGAGCUUUGGAAAUGAGCGGCAGCUGUUAGAAAACGGGUUGGAAAAGGUGAAACGUAGGCUUGAGCUGGAGGUGGAUGCCGUGCAGAAGGAGAACACGCCGUGGGUUGCGUCUGCGGAAGCCGACCCGCCAGAGAGGCGACGGCCGCACGAUCAGAGGUACCCUGGCAGAGCUGGGCUCGAGGCUAAGAACGAAACAUCGUCACAAUGCCUCAGAGGAUACAAUGGAGUUCAUCAAAAACUUCCAAUCCGAAGCUCUGUUGAAGAGAGGAAACCUCCCCACUCAAGACGCCAAUCUCCAAGAGAGAGUGGUCGCUCAG